UAAAAGAGGCAUGGCAUGACUCAACCACCUCCUUAUUACCAAUCUACAACAAUGCCUGUGCAGCAACAACCAGAUUUUAGAAAUACACCUCAAUAUCAAAACAGCAAUCAACCCCAGCAAUUUUACACUUCAGCUACUUUAAUUGGAAAUGUACCGUACGAAAAUUCUUAUCAAACAACCGGCACUGUAAUUCAACAACCUGUGGCGAUCGAUGUAAGACAUGUCCCAAGUAAUUAUAGUGUAGCUGCGUGGUUGUCUUGUUUAUGUUGCUGUUGGCCUCUCGGACUUGUGUCAAUUAUUAAAUCUAAUGAGGUCAACACAGCUAUUUCGUUAGGUGACCUUACAAGAGCACAACUUGCUUCUCAAUCUGCUCGAAACUUUGCCAUUGCAUCUUUGAUUAGUGGAAUUGUAAUCAUAAUUACAGUCAUAAUUUUAACAGUUGGGGUUUAAAGCUUAUCUCUCUUUUUUUGUUUUGUAAUUUUUAAUUUGCUAAAAAAUAAGUUUAAUG